CCUGCAUUCAGUGCGACGUUUCUCACUAACAGUUUAAGAUGGCGACCGUGCAUCUCAGGAUCGGGGAUCUGGUUUGGGGUAAGCUUGGACGCUAUCCACCUUGGCCAGGAAAGGUCGUCAGUCCUCCGAAGGAUCUGAAGAAGCCAAGAGGCAAAAAAUGUUUCUUCGUCAAGUUUUUUGGAACUGAAGAUCAUGCUUGGAUAAAGGUAGAGCAGCUGAAGCCUUACCACCCCCACAAAGAUGAGAUGAUCAAGAUAAACAAAGGCAAGCGCUUCCAACAGGCUGUUGAUGCAGUUGAGGAGUAUCUAAAGAAGGCCAAGGGGAAAGAUCAGUCACACUCUGAUGACAAAAGCAAGUCUGAUAAAGGUCGGAAAGCAGCUAAACCAAUGAAGAUCAUUGAAGAGGAUGAUGAAGAUGCCUUCAAGGGUGGCUCAUCAGACAAGGAACAGACUGAUUCUGACCCAGAGCCAUCCUCUGUACAACGGCUGGUCGCUGGAACAGUGUCAGGAUUCAAAUGGGAUAGCAGUCCAGUAAAGGAUGACCCACAUUUCCAUCACUUUCUGCUCAGCCAGUCUGAGAAGCCAGCUUCAUCAAUGGAGCCCAUCACCAAACGCUUAAAGAUAAUCGAGGAGGACACCAGAUCAACAUCUAUUCAGGCAGCAGACAGCACAGCCAUCAACGGCAGCAUCACACCUACUGACAAAAGGAUAGGUUUCCUUGGACUAGGACUGAUGGGGAGUGGUGUGGUUUCUAAUUUGUUGAAGAUGGGGCAUGUUGUCACUGUUUGGAAUCGCACCGCUGAAAAGUGUGAUUUGUUCAUUCAAGAAGGUGCCAGAUUAGGACGAACGCCUGCAGAAGUCGUGUCCAUGUGCGACAUCACAUUUUCUUGUGUAUCAGACCCAAAAGCUGCCAGAGAUCUUGUGUUAGGUCCAAGUGGAGUUUUACAGGGAAUCAGACCAGGCAAAUGUUACGUGGAGAUGUCCACCGUUGAUCCAGAAACCAUCACAGAGCUCUCACAGGUCAUCACAUCCAGAGGUGGCAGAUUCCUAGAAGCUCCCGUUUCGGGCAGCCAGCAGCUUUCCAAUGAUGGCAUGUUGGUGAUUGUUGCUGCUGGAGACCGCAGUGUUUAUGAGGACUGUAGCAGCUGCUUCCAGGCAAUGGGAAAGACCUCUUUCUUUAUAGCAGGGGAAGCAGGAAAUGCUGCAAGAAUGAUGCUCAUACUUAACAUGGUUCAAGGCAGUUUCAUGGCGACCAUUGCUGAGGGAUUGACUUUGGCGCAGGCCACAGGACAGUCACAACAAACAUUCUUGGAUAUCCUUUGCCAAGGACAAAUGGCAAGCACAUUCGUGGACCAGAAAUGCCAGAAUAUUUUGCAGGGCAACUUCAAACCUGAUUACUACCUAAAGCAUAUUCAGAAAGAUCUGAGAUUAGCCAUUUCAAUGGGAGAUUCUGUUAAUCAUCCAACACCAAUGGCAGCUGCUGCAAAUGAGGUAUACAAGAGAGCAAAAGCAUUGGACCAGUCGGACAAUGACAUGUCUGCAGUCUACAGAGCUUACAUCCACUAAUCCCGUAGAUGUGCUCCACGUCCCGGACCACAAACCUCACCUUCUCCUUUGUUCCUCUCCCUCUUGUCUUUUUCUCUCCUCUGCUGAUGAAUUUUGUUGGGCACCAGUGAUCCGUUUUUUUUCCCAUGUAUAAUGGGAUCUUUUUAGCAGCCUAAUCUGAGCAUUGCACUGACUGUAAUAUUGCUGCGCGCCUGCUCAACGGGAGGGUAUUAAACUCCCCAGCGAAUGAUUCUUUUGUGAUAGAGCGUGCAGUGUAUUAUAUCCGCAUUUUGUUAAGGCUACUGCAUACGAUGCAGUGUUGUUUGAAGAGGCCAGGGUUUUAUUUAACACUCAUAUCUUUACAAAUGAAUUCCCUCAUUGUCGUUUUUGAUGUUUUUCUUUUCGAGAAAUCUGUAAAGUCAUGAACUUUUGAUCGCAAACAGGCUGGAGGAACACGAUGAAAGAAGCCACUGCAUUGCCUUAAUACCCGUAUAAGAUAGAUGUAUUUAUUUAUUUUAUCUCGAAAGAUCACCAUCAUGCAAGAGGCAAUUUGGCCGUAUAUUUUAUUUUCCAUUUGUUCAUUAAUGUUCAUUUUUUGAAUGCCUUAUCAGAAAUGCAUUGUUCUUUUAUUUUAAGUUGGCUGUGUAUGAAUCACACAGAAGAUCCUGAAAGGAUUUGUCACUUACAGUGGGUUUAUUGAAUCUUGACUGUCACUUCAGUAAUGGGAUUUCCGUUUUCCGGCUUGACUACUUUAGAGUCAGAUUUUCAUAGCUACCUUUAAAUCUUUCAAGUGGCCUGUAAAAAGAAAAGUAUAUGAAGUCAUUUUAUUUUGCUUUAUUUGAAGACUUUUAAAUUGGACUUGUAAUGUUUUGUGUGAGUCAGCUGGCAGUGUGAUCUGUUUAUUUAGUUUAAAAGACUAAUAGGCUUGUACAUUUAUUUUUGUUUGUUUUAAUUACCAUUAUGACUCAAAGUAAAAAAAAAUAAUCAAGUCAAGCUGAAGUGUUCCAUUUUAUUCCUAAAUUAUGAUCACAUUUGUUCAUUUUAAGAGACCAUCAUGGUAUAUAAUUUGGUCAUUUCAGUAUUUUUAUCUCCAAACAAAUACAGGGUGAUGCUUUUCUACAAAUUGUUCUGCCAAAAAAAAAAAAACAGAUGAUGAUUUUGAAGUGCUUGAUCUUGGACAAGAUAAAUUUGUGAUUACUAAGGACUGUAAGAUUCAGAUGUUGUGCGUGUGUGUAUAUAUAUCCCCAUCAAAGGGUUUGGUUAUUUCAAUACAUGGAAAAAUAACAUUUUCAUUUGGACUCUACUGACGUUAUUAAUCAUCUGGUGUCUUAAUGAUGUAGGCUGUUCUUUUGUCUUAGCUAAUGGGUUUAUUUACUGUAAAUGGUUUUUGUUUUUUCUUUUGUGGCUUAAAUAGAGUUGGUUAUGACAUUAUUGAUGACUUGAUUCCAGUUGUGCAAGGAAGGUAUUGGUGUUAUAAUUGGAGAUAUUUAUAAUUUCAUGUAAAUGUAAAAUUUCAUUCUUAUUUUUUUUUUGUUUGUGCGGUCAACUGAACCCUCUGAAUAAACACACCGAAUGUCCA